UGGGAGUAAUGUGGCUAUUUAACGUUGCUCAGAUUUGGAGGAGGUCUCGAUAACUCGAUUCAGACUCAAGUAAUCCGGAUGGUUGAUUUCUGCUUCCAAAGUCAAAAGGAGGUGAAAUUCAGCGAUGAUCAUCUCCAGCGAUGGCCAGAGAAAGGGCAGCUUUCUUUAGCCAGUUUGAACAAGAGGUUAUUUUGAAGACUUUUGAGGAAUACAAGGCUAUCAUAACGGCUAAAUGCAACACGGCAGCAGCCGCCAAAUCGAGAGUGGAGGCGUGGCAAAAAAUAGCAGAGAGAUUAAAUGCCUCCAAUCCCAGUAACGUCAAAAGAACAUGGCAACAGGUCAAAGUCAAAUACAAAAACAUUGUUCAAUGUGCAAACAGGAAGAGGGCACAAAAGCAGAGACUUGGAGGGGGAUUAGCCAUGAUCGGUUUCACCCGUGCUGAAGAACAGGGCCUGUGGCAGAUCAGAGGGCAUCCCAGCAAAGAUGGCAUUACUUACGGUAGUUCUUCUGAGCAGGCUGGCAUUAGCGUUAGGAGCCCCAGUUCCACAGAGCCUGAAAGCUCAGGCACUCUUCCACUGCCAGAAGUGACGGUUUUUGAUAACGCAGAAGAACCCACGGAUCACUCUGAUUCAGACCAUGACGAGAAGAACAUAGUGGUGUGCUCGAAUCCUCAAGAGGGAAGUGAGGAACGCCAAGAGGAACCUGAUCUGGCUGGUCCAUGUCACUCUGCUGAUGGCGAGCGAGAGGACGAUGUGACCUCCCUGUACAAGCGCUACCUCAAGCAGGAGAUUGCGUACCGGCAGCUAAAGAUGAAGAAGCUUGAAAAGGAGAUACAGCUGCUUGAUAAACAGUUGGACGUAAGCUAGACCCCACGAGGUUGUGUUCCCUGGAAAAAUGUAACCUAGCACCAAGCGUGUCCACUCCUGAUGGACCAUGGUCCCAUGGUCCUCGGAGCAGCUCCCCGUGAACUGGGCUUCUCAAACUCAAAUCUUCGAGAGCUUCAAGCAACACUGCCUGCGUUAGUUUUCGGCCCUCUGCAGCACACGCGACUUAUCUUGAGGGUUAAUUGGUGCCUGGAAUCAGGUGUGUUGGAGCAGAUGGGUAUGAACCACUGUCCUACACAAUUUCAAGUUUAUCACCUACCUGAACAGACCUGACUCAACUCAUGAGGAACUUAAUAAAGUUAUGAGCAGGAUCAGGUGUGUUUGGGCAAGGAAAUGUGUACAGGGAGGACUAAUGGGAAACCCUUUUCUAAGUGGAUUUAAUGACUUGGGAUUGUGGUGCAGCGUUGAGUAUCAGCAGUGCACAUUGUUAAUCAGCUCUUAAAAACUGAAAUAGUCGUCAGACUGUCUUUAAAGGGCUUCUCAUUCAGGUCAAUAUAUCAGAAUUUCCCCUAAGAUACUAUAGUGUAUCCUAAAAUGAAAGAUAUAAAGCUAAGUAAAACAGCGGUAGAUGUGGUUACAGUUUUGGCUUUCAUCUAAAACCUUAUUUUUAUCUGCAUGCUAAAAUGUGAUCAGCAUGUCCUAACGUAGUACAACUUUUCUCUUGGUUCAGAGGAAGUAACUGGUAUCACUGCAGUCAGUAGCUGCUGUUAAUGAGUACACUAUAACCCCCACCUUUGAUCAAAUCCAAAGAGUGCAACAGCAUCCCCAAAUAAAAAUUAUUUAAAUUUAUUCUAUUCUAUAAAAGUACAAAAAAUUGAACUAAAGGAAAUAAAUAUUUGCGCCAGUAUUGAAAAUGCUGAUGCGGUUCGAAUCAGCUGUGGUCAAAACGAUAUGUAGAUGUUGACAAAUUGUGCAUAGCUAUAUAUAUAUGUAUUUUUGCUUUAGUCCGAAAAUGUACACUCUUCAAGUGAACAAUAUCCAAUAUAUGUAGCUAAAGUGGAAGUAAGUUAUAGGAGCAAGGUGGUGAGAAGUUUUAAUAAAGUAGGUAGUGAGUAUAUAGACUUAUUACAUUUUUCUGAGUACUUUAACUAAUAAAUAUGUUUAUAAUUAUGACCUGGGUAAUAUAAUUGGACAAAAAUGCUAUAAUGAAGUUGAUUCCUGUGACAUGAAAAAAUAUAGGUGAUUCAUGACCUAAUGAAUUAAUGGUUUAGAGUAAAGACCCAGUGAAUUUGUAUGAUGCACAGGUCAUGUAUGCUAUGAUCUGCACUUCUGCCUGCUGUGCUGCAUCCUUCAAGGGGCAUGUGGGCGAGAGCCGAGGUGCGUUUGUGUCUGAUCCACGCUACAGGGCCGCGCAUCUCAGUGUUUUGACAUCAUUGCUGAUGCAUGUGCUCAUAUAUGUUCUAUACUUAUAUGUUCCAUAUAUGUAAAACACCAUAAGGAGGCUUCGAAGCAACAGGUUAGUACCUCAACUCUCUUUUUGUCCAUGUUUACAGACUCAUCCAUGAGUUUCCAAUAAAGCUAUUUUGA